GUGCCUGGCAAGCGAGGCGCUCCUUCUUCUAGCCGUCGCAGUCGCGGCCCAGAGCCGUAGCGCAGCAGGCGGAGAGAUGGCGUCUCAGCCGCCGCCGCCCCCGAAACCCUGGGAGACCCGCCGAAUUCCCGGGGCCGGCUCGGGCCCAGGCGCGGGACCUGGUCCCACUUUCCAAUCUGCUGAUCUGGGCCCUGCCUUAUUGACAAGACCUGGACAACCAACACUUACCAGAGUGCCCCCACCUAUUCUUCCCAGGCCAUCCCAGCAAACGGGGAGCAGCAACAUAAACACUUUCAGACCUGCUUACAGUUCGUUUUCUUCUGGAUAUGGGGCCUAUGGAAAUUCAUUUUAUGGAAGCUAUAGCCCUUACAGUUAUGGAUAUAAUGGACUGGGCUUUAACCGCCUUCGUGUAGAUGACCUUCCGCCCAGUAGAUUUGUCCAGCAAGCUGAAGAAAGCAGUAGAGGUGCAUUUCAGUCCAUUGAGAGCAUUGUGCACGCAUUCGCCUCUGUCAGCAUGAUGAUGGAUGCCACCUUUUCAGCUGUCUACAACAGUUUCAGGGCUGUAUUGGAUGUAGCAAAUCACUUUUCCCGGUUAAAAAUACACUUUACAAAGGUUUUUUCUGCCUUCGCGUUAGUUAGGACUAUAAGAUACCUGUAUAGACGGUUGCAGUGGAUGAUGGGUUUAAGAAGAGGCUCAGAGGAUGAGGACCUAUGGGCAGAAAGUGAAAGAACUGUGGCCUGUCUUGGUGCCGAGGACCAAGCAGCUAACUCAGCAAAAUCCUGGCCAAUCUUCCUAUUCUUCGCUGUUAUCCUUGGUGGUCCUUAUCUUAUCUGGAAACUUCUGUCUACCCACAGUGAUGAAGUAACAGACAACAUCAACUGGGCAAGUGGUGAGGAUGACCAUGUAGUUGCUAGAGCAGAAUACGAUUUUAAUGCCGUGUCUGAUGAAGAAAUUUCUUUCCGUGCUGGUGAUAUGCUAAAUUUAGCUCUCAAAGAACAACAGCCCAAAGUGCGUGGUUGGCUUCUGGCUAGUCUUGAUGGCCACACAACAGGACUGAUCCCUGCAAAUUAUGUCAAAAUUCUGGGUAAAAGAAGAGGCAGAAAAACAGUGGAAUCGAGUAAAAUUCUCAAGCAACAACAGUCUUUUACCAACUCUGCAUCAAUUAAUGGAGUUACUACUGCCAGCUCUUUGGAUGAACAGGAAGCUGCCUUUGAAUCUGUUUUCGUUGAAGCUAAUAAGGUUCCAGAUGCACCUGAUUCUACAGGGAAAAACGGAGAGAAACAAGAUCUUUGAUAUCUUUCACGUUUGCGUGCAGAACUGCUUUAAUGAAUGGUGGAGCGGAUUUCAGAGGAUCAUCAGUUUCAUUCUAUACUGUGAUUCUUGGGAGCUUGGUCAGCUGUGAACAGGAAAGAUAAGAUAUACAAAGAAAGAGCAUACAGAGUGCCAGGAGGGCUCGCUUCCAAGGCCAUCCCUUAGCAGGAGGCCUGUCUUCGGCAUCAGGUCCCACGUCGACUGCUGAUUGCCAGGAGACUGCCUGAGGCUGCGCUCCAGGAAGCUCUGACCUCAGUCCUUCAGCAGGCUCAGGCCAGUGCAGUGGCAUUUGUCACUACCUGGCAGUUACUGCUGUGGACAUGGCAGAACUUACUGCCGGGGGUUUUUCUUAUUUUGUGCUACCUGUGCACGGGAUGUUUACCUAAAGGAUGCUCCCUCUGCCAUGCCAUUUUCUUAAUAGCCUGUACCUUUCUAUAAACUUAAAUGCCCUUGCUGCCUGGUUGUAUCAUUUUGAGUCGUAUCUGAGUGUCUUCUUGGUCUACUGAAAAGAACUGUAAUCAAAUCAGCUUCCCUCACACUAUCUACUAAACAACACCCAUUUUCCUCAUUUCACUCUGUACCAAAUCCUUAGAGGUGUGAAGAUAUUCUGUCAGUAUAUACAGGACAAUACAUUUUAAUCUGUAUGUACGACGUGCAUGUGCAGGUUUAUGCCGAAGCACGCAUGUGGAGCUCAGAGAACAACCUCAAGGCUAGUCCUCAGCUAUGGGGUCUCUCGUCUUUUUCCACUGCUUGUGCCAAGCUAGCUUGCCUGCAUGCAGGCUUCCAGGACACCCUCUUGUCUCCACCCUCCAUUUUCCUACAGGAAUGCUGAUAUUACAGGCACACACACUACUACACCCAUCUGUACAUGGGUUCUGGGCUUCAAACUUAGGUUCACACUUGCAAGGCAAGCAAUUCAUUCACGGAGCUGCUUCCCCACCUCUCCAUAGCAUGCCUCUUUGUCUAGUAGGGAAGUAGCUCAUCCUUGUAUUACUCUGCUAGAAAUAAAACUCUUCUGUCUAGGUUUUAGCUCCAGUUUAUCAGUUCCCUAAAACAAACGAGAUUCACACUGGAAUUUAGUUGAAUUUGUAGAUGAAUUUAAAAAGAAUUGACAUACUUACAGUGUAAAAAAAUCUCUGUUACUCUGGUCUGUUUAUUUAGAACAUUUAUUUGGCUCAUUCCUUGGCAUUUUAUAAUUCUUAUUACCAUUGAAAAUUGUAGCCUGUUAUUUCUGACACAGAGAAGUAUAUUGAAUUUGGUGUAUUGAUGUAUUGUAGUGAUGAGUGCUUAAUUCCAAUGUUAAUGAUGUCUUUGGGUUCUGUGUCCAAAUAUAAAUGCAGAUAGUGGUAGUUUUCCCUCCUCUUUGGUCCUCAUCCUUCUCAUUCCCUUUCGUUGCCAUGGAUAGGUUUGUCGGUCAGUCUGUGUUUCAUAGUGAUUGUAAUGAGCAGGCCUUUUUAUCUUCCAACUGAAGAGUCUAAAGCUGCUCAAUUAAGUGCUAUGCUUGCAUGAGCUUUCUUCUAGUUAGUCUUUAGCAGAAAUCUCUUUUAAUUGCUAAUUUAAAUCUUCAUUUCCUUGGGUAGUCUAUAGUAAAUUAUACUAAUUUAUUUUUAUUAGCCAGCAGCUAUGCUACAUGUUUGAAAUCCCAGCACUCAGGAAGACGGGGUAGGAGGAUCAUUGCAUUCAAAGUCAGCCUGAGCUACAGAGUAAGGAUGGCUCUCAAAGCCAAAGCAAGGAGGUAGACAUUGGUUUAUUGAUAAUAACCCAUUUUUGCAUUGUUAUUUGACAAAACUUUUAAGCAAAAUAGUUAAAUCAGAUCUGCAUAAUCUAAGUGAGCAAGCAGGUGACAGAAGUAGGCAUCAUGGAGGUACUUAGCUGGGAGGGGACAGACAGUGUCGGCAUUCCCCAGGGAUAGCCAGGGAGGCACUAGGCAAAGUUUGACUUUGUUUUUUCUGAUAAUUUACAGGUAUCCUUUCUGGGAAAGUCAUUGGGCAAGACCCUGAGCAACAAGUGCAUUUUGGGAAGAAAAAAGAAAAAAACCACAAAGCCUGUAGCUGUUAGAACUGGCUAUCUGCCUGUAGUAUAGUUGGGAAGAUUGGCUGGGCAGGGCUGCAGGAGGAACAGGCGUGGAGAGGCAGACUAAAUCACCUUUCAGACAGAGUCUUUAUUAGAGUGGGACAAAGUCUGGUUUGAAAUAAAAGGCUCGGGGCACCCAGGAAGAGCAGAGCCUGUUCUUUUAAGGUCCCUGUGAGAGAGCAGGGUGCAAGAGGGUAGUGCUGAGUGGAAGUGGAUCCAGGGUCAGCUGACAUGACCUAACUGGACCAAGAGAUACUGUUUUCUUGUAUUUCUGGCUGAGGCAGGUGUCUGAAAAGUUCAAGAACAAUGGGCCUACUUAAUGACGAAGAUCACUUGUCCUGCCUGUAGCCUUUUUCUGUUUAGGGUCUUGCCAUCAGGAAGGGUCUGUUCCAGAUGGGGACAGAGAGAGUUCCUGCCUAUGUGACAUGACAGGCUGUUUAAAUAAACAUUUCUUUCAAGCUCUCUGUAGCACCUACUACGAGUAGAUCAAGAGAAAUACCUCUGUUCCCAAGUGAUCCAUGGAGCAAUGCUUGAAAAAGAGCAAGGACUUCAUUCAGCACAUGCUCCAGCAGACCAAAUCCAGGUAAAACGGAGGCUAAGACAUGCUACCAUAGAGGACAGGGUGUGAAAGACAGCUCAGUGUCUCGUGUGAUCAACACAGCUGGACCUGCUUAUUCUUUGAUGCAGUUAUUCUGGGUUUUCCACCCGUGACCUCCAGGCUCCUUUGACCUUUCCAUACCCCAGAAAACAUGUUUUCUAGAAGUGCGGGAACUUGUUGUGUGCUGUAUAAAGUGAAGCCUUGAACUUGAAUGUCUAAAGUGUCUUUGAUUCUGCUCUCGAUUGGAAUCAGUUUCAGUAUUGAAUUCCAAGUUGACUUUACUACUUUAAAAAGAUGAAGGAACUUCUCUGUUGUCAUUUAGCUUCUAUUGUGCUCACUGAGAAAUCUGUCUGAAGCUAUCCUGAUUUCUUUUUUUGUUAGUUUCCUUUCUCUCUGGAAGCAUGCAGGGUCCUCUCUGCCUUCAUCAUUUGUAAGCUUUGCAAUGUACUUUAGUGUUUAUACAUUGUACCUAUUCAGAUUGGAAAUUCAUAGCCUUCAAAUCCGGAAACUUUCUCCUCUCUGAACACUUUUUCUCAUAACAGCUUUUGCUAGUCUACAUAGCUUCUUUGUCUAUCUAGGAUUAUAAAUAACUGUGAAUUAUUUUGCUCAACUUUGAUUUUCCUAUAAACCCAUCCCCCUGUG